AUGCUGUACACUACUUCAAGUGAAGCUACUAAGCGUGCCAUGACUUGCACUUCCGAAACGGUCCAACAAGUCCAUGACUGGAAAACUCGUUUGCUUCAGCAUUCUCUUCAUGAUGUAGACGAGAUCACUGCAUCUAAUCAGCAGUUGCUUAAAAUGACCAUCGAUCCUACUUCUCUUUCUUGUGAUAGAGCUGCUGCCGUGAAGAAACUAUCUAAUCCUGAAUUCUCUUCUGCACUCAAAUCUCUUCCUCCGAUUGGCGCUUCCAUUCAUCCUGGAACCCAUUUUACACUAUUUCCUAUACGUACUCCCGAACCACUUUUGGCUUUGGAUGGAUAUGAUACUGACUGGUCUCCACCAAGUCCAUUUUUACAGCGUAUGUGGGCAGGUGGAGUCAUUGAAUGGCAUGCUAAAAAUCCACUAACUAUAGGACAGACUGCUCGUCAGACUACUCGCAUGGCAGAUGCUCAACUCAAACCUACUGGUCGUGGAAAUGCAGUCUUUGUUACAAUUCAAAAGAACAUUUCCAACGAUAUUGGACCUGCUAUCACUGAACAUCGCUCAUACGUAUACCUGGAAAAUAAACCAGAGAUUACCUCGGAUGCUGUCAAUGCCAAGCGUGCCAUUAAAAAAUCUCUAACGGCCGACUUUCAAACUACCGUUCUUCCAUCAACAAUUUCACUUUUCCGCUUUUCUGCCAUCACAUUCAAUAGUCAUUUGAUUCAUUAUGAUCACAUUUACGCAUCCAAAAAAGAAGGUUAUCCUGUUUGUCUUGUUCAUGGUCCAAUGACAUGUACGCUUCUUUUGGAUUUGUUUCAACGCAAUGCAAAUGGGAAGCAGAUUCGUAAAUUUUCGUAUCGUGCCAUCAGCGCAGUGCUGGUUGGCAAACCGUUGACUCUGAAUGGAAAAUGGGCUACAGACUCUGCUGGAAAACCAUACUGUGAACUAUGGGCUACUAAUGAUCAGGGUGGCAUGGCAAUGAAAGGAACUGUAGAAUUCGAUUAAACAUGUGUCCGUGAUGCAACCCAGAGCAGUUCUUUGGUCUGAUAUUAUAUUGUCAUGUGUUGGUUAUAUUUGAUCAAAAUAUAGUAUAGUUGAAUGAAUGCGUACUGGA